CCCACUUCCAUGCCCAUACCAGGGCUGGCCACAAGAUCCACCAGACAUCCCUAUCAUCGCUUACUCAGGAGCUACUCUGUCACCUUGCUUGUUAGAGUUCCCACUUCGGGGCUCCCAGAAAAACACGUUUCAAGAGCUGAACUAUCACCAUUCGAAAGGAAGCUCUGAACUUAACCAAGAUGUCUGUGAAAAUGACAGCAGCCCUGCUCCUGCUCCUGCUACAGCUGAGUGUCUUCUUUGAAUCUGGCAACAGUGGGAAGGUGCUGGUGUGGCCAAUGGAAUUCAGCCACUGGCUCAACUUAAAGACAAUCCUGGAUGAGCUUGUGAAAAAGGGUCAUGAAGUGACUGUUCUGAUACCUUCAGUUUCCCUUUCUUACAAGGCUGAAAACACAUCUGCUAUUGAGUUUGAGACUUUUCCUCCGUCAUAUCCCAUGGCUGAUUUAGAGAAACUUUUUCUGGAAUCCAUUAAUAAGUGCCUUUACGAGCUGCCAAAGCAAUCAUUUUGGGGAUACUUUUCAAUGCUGCUUGAAAUUAUGUUGGCUGAGUCAGAAUAUUCUGAAAGUCUCUGCAAAGAUGUAGUUUUUAACAAGGAACUCAUGACAAAACUACAGAAAUCAAGCUUUGAUGUCGUCCUAGCAGAUCCGUUCAUACACUGUGGAGACUUGCUGGCUGAGAUUCUCAAGACACCCCUAGUAUACAGUCUCCGCUUCUUUCCUGGCUCCACAUAUGAAAAGUACAGUGGAGGACUCCCAUUGCCUCCAUCCUAUGUGCCUGUUGCUCUGUCAGAAUUGACCGAUAGAAUGACAUUCAUGGAGAGGGUGAAAAAUAUAAUCUACGUCCUUUAUUUUGACUUUUGGUUCCAAACAUUUCAUAAGAAGAGGUGGGAUCAGCUUUACAGUGAAGUAUUAGGAAGACCCACAACACUCACAGAGACUAUGGGGAAGGCAGAUAUCUGGCUCAUUCGAACCUACUGGGAUUUGGAAUUUCCUCACCCUGUCUUACCAAAUUUUGAUUUUGUUGGUGGACUCCACUGCAGACCUGCCAAGCCCCUGCCUAAGGAAAUAGAAGAAUUCGUCGAGUCUUCUGGAGAACACGGUGUCGUGGUGUUUUCUCUGGGGUCCAUGGUGGCAAACCUAACAGAAGAAAGGGCCAAUGUGAUGGCAGCAGGCCUCGCCCAGAUUCCACAGAAGGUUCUUUGGAGAUUUGAAGGCAAGAAGCCAGACACCUUGGGCUCCAACACUCGGCUGUACAAAUGGAUCCCGCAGAAUGAUCUUCUAGGUCAUCCAAAAACCAGAGCUUUCAUAACUCAUGGUGGCACCAAUGGCAUCUAUGAGGCGAUCUACCAUGGCAUCCCUGUGAUUGGCAUACCUUUGUUUGGAGAUCAAUAUGAUAAUAUUGUUCAUAUGAAGGCCAAAGGAGCAGCUGUUAGACUGGACUUUCUCACAAUGUCCAGUACUGAUUUGCUCAAUGCAUUGAAGACAGUCACUAAUGACCCUUCUUAUAAGCAGAACGCCAUGCGCUUAUCAAGAAUUCACCAUGACCAGCCAGUGAAGCCCCUGGACAGAGCUGUCUUCUGGAUUGAGUUUGUCAUGCGCCACAAAGGAGCCAAGCACCUUCGGGUGGCAGCGCAUGACCUUAGCUGGGUCCAGUACCACUCUCUGGAUGUGAUUGGAUUCCUGCUGGCCUGUGUGGUGUCUGUGAUCUUUGUCAUCACGAAGUGCUGCUUCUUUUGUUGCCGGAAGUUUGUGAAAGCGGGAAAGAAGGAGAAAAAGCAGUAGCUGCAGUGGCAUGGACUGACGCAUGGGCCUCCUCCUGGGCAUUGCUUCAAACGAAGGCAGGAUGGCAACAUCCUUUAUCCUGUGAGAACUUUCCUCUCUUUGACUCACCAAAUCACAUUAUGACUUCCAGAAUUUUAAUACUUAAUUACAAGUUAGAAAUAUUUUUGGCCAGUUCCAAAAACUAGAAAGAAGCAAAGAUCAAACUAUAUUAGUGCCUCUUUAAAAAUACUUGUGUGGUGCUGGAGAGAUGGCUCAGUGGUUAAGGACUCGUUUUGUUCUUCCACAGGAUUUGAGUUUUAUACCCAGCACCCACAGGAAGCACAGAGCUAUCUGUGUAAUCUAGAGUAUCAAAUGCCCUCUCCUGGCUCCUUCAGGCACUGCGUGCACAUGAUAGAAAGACAUACAUGCAGGCAAAACCACUCAUACACAGAAAAUAAGAAUAAGUACACCUUUAAAGAACUGCCAUAACUUAUCAGGUUUAACUCCAGUUCACAGCUUAAUGAUGGACAUAAAGUCCUUUAAAAAUCUACAGUUAGACCUAAAGAAACUAAUCAAGAGGGAGGACUCUUGCUAAAAUGUGCAAUUCCUAUCCAGAAAUGCAAAGAGGAUGGACAUCAGAAGAAGGAGAAAAGAGGGAACAAGUCAGGAGCCUGACACAGAGGACCUCUGAAAGGCUCUGCCUUGUAGACUGUCAAUGCAGAUGCUGAGACAUAUGGGCAACCUUUGGGCAGAGUGCAGGGAAUCUUAUGAAAGAAGUGGGAAACAGUAAGAUCUGGAGAGGACAGGAACUCCACAAGGAGAGCAACAGAACCAAAAAAUGUGAGCACAGGUGUCUUUCCUGAGACUGACACUCCAACCAAGGACCAUGCAUGGAGAUAACCUAAGACCCCUGCACAGUUGUAGCCCAUGGCAGUUCCGUACCAAGUAGGUUCCAUUGUAAAAGGAACAGGGACUGUCUCUGACAUGAACUGAUUGGCCUGCUCUUUAAUUACCUCCUCCCGAGGGGGAAGCAACAUUACCAGGCCACAGAAAAAGACAAUGCAGCCACUCCUGAUGGGACCUAAUUGACUAGGAUCAGAAGGAAGGAAAAGAAGACUUCCCCUAUCAGUGGAGUUGGGGAGGGGCAUGCAUGCAGAGGGUGGAGGAAGGGAGGGAUUGGGAGUGGAGGAGGGCAGGAACCACAGGGAGGAUACAAAGUGAAUAAAGUGUAAUUAAUAAAGAAUGAAAAAAAAAUCUGCAGUUAGAGUUGGGUGGUGGUGGCAUAAACCUUUAAUCCAAGCACUCAGGAGGCAGAAGCAGGCCCAUCUCCAUGAAUUUGAAGCCUUGUCUGCUGGUUGAGUUUCAGAACAGCCAAAACUAUACAGAGAAACUCUGUCUAAAAAUUUUUUAAAUAAAAUUAUAAAAUUA